CGUUGGGCUCGGAUUGUGCCUUGAUUCUAUUUUGCAAGGAGGAAACACAAAGACCGAAAGCUUAUCCGUUGUAUGCGUGCUUGGUAGAUCCGCAGAAAAACCGAGCCUACCCCCCGUUGUUGGGUAGUCUCUUCUGUUUCAUUCCCUCAUCUAUGAUGAGCACUUCCAUUGGGUGCGAGGAACCCUCAUUGACUGUACAUCGAUCCAAUCCGGACAUUACGGAAUCGACGACGUCCGUGCAAACACCACACGAUGGCGAGCACGGAUCUUCUGUUCGGGAAAGUAUCUUUAACUUUACCAACGCCAUUGCGGGUGCCGGAGCCUUGGGCCUCGGUGGAGCCUUCGCCGCGUCGGGUGGGAUUGUUUCCAUCGUUUCCAUCAUGCUCUUUGCGUACGUGACAAAAGUGUCCUUGGAUCUGCUUAUUCGGCUGUCGCUGGAAACACCGGGCGCACACGGAUCGUACGAGGAUCUGGGACGGGUGGCCUUUGGCUUUGUCGGCCAACUGGCGAUAUCGGCAGCCAAGUUUAUGUACAGUUUCGGCUGCUUGGUGGCUUACGUGAUUGUGGUCAAAGAAAAUCUCGGGUCGGCGGUGCGCAAUCUAGUGUACGGGGACGCAGUAAUGCACGGGGAGGAAUCAUGGGGGUACGAAUUUUUAAGUCACAGUGUCUGGGUAACGUGGAGUGCCAGCAUCGUCAUUAUAUUUCCGCUCUGUCUGCUCCGGGACAUGACGCCGUUGGCCAACUUGAGUAUGAUCAGCGUGGCUUCCAUGGUUGCCAUCGCCGUCAUCAUUGUCUACUUGUUUCUCGUCAACCCGCACGGCAGUAUUCGAGAACCGGGUGGUACUUUUUACGAGAAUUGGUUGGAAGUACGACCGGGAUACUUGGAAUGUCUGGGGACCUUUGUCUUUACCUUUGUGUCGCAGCACACGGCUCAUCUCGCGUUUAGUUCACUCAAACCAAGUCUACGAACCUACAAAAAUUGGAAAAGAGUUUCUGCCUUCUCGAUAUUCACCGCGCUCAGUAUUUCGUUGACAAUUGGACUGGGUGCCUACGUAACCUUUUGGCACGCCACACCCAGUGCCAUUUUCGAAAUAUACCCCGCCAUUUCCAUUAUUGACUCCGCCAAGCUACUCUUGUGUUUUGCCAUGCUGUUGACUUUUCCGCUACCCUUCUUCACCUGCCGAGAAUUACAGACUCAUGCGGACGUUCUUGCUUUUUGUGACUUAGAGCUUUUGAUUGUUACCUUCUUUCCCGACACGCGAGAAACGGUGUCCUUAUCACAUGGACAGCAGCACGGGCACCAAUCACCGGACAUUCUCCGCAGUUUGCAAGAACCACUUUUGGACGAAGAAGAGGCCGUACUAGCAGUUAACGACGAAGAACGCGUACCAGGGCCACCAAUCCUCGAAGUCUCCAUGUCUUUAACCGACUUGAGUGUCCUUUCCACACACGCUGCCAAUGUCAUCAAUUCGGCACUAUUACCCGGGUACCAAAAGCAACUGAGACUGCUGUAUCACGUUACCCUUACUGCGAAACUCUGGUUUGUCGUGACGGGUUUAGCCAUAGCGGCUCCGUCACUGGGAGACGUCCUUUCGUUGGUCGGUUGUGCGACGGGCACGUUGAUUGCCUUUGUUUUUCCGGCCUUACUGUCCCUUCGAUUGCAAGGAUUCAAUUAUACUGCUACUCUGCUACUUUUCAUUGGAGGUGUGAUUGGCUCGGUUGGCACGUAUUUUAGUAUGCACAAGCUAGUUCUUGAUAUACUCUCCUGACGAGCGAGCAAAGGACAACAGCCAACCACCGUUCUUGUCAACAAAUAGCAGCUUUUAUAUAAACUCUUGUCCAAACACUUUCUCC